AUGCACAUUAUCGGCUUGUAUCCUAACGUCAAUAAAGUUGGUCUCUUUUGGGGUUUUUUCAGAGCUGUGGUAGUCGGAUCUCUGCUAUUGUUUCAUACUGUCGGUCUCUUUGUAUCUUCUGCGUAUUUGUACGAAAUCAACUUCAUUUACUUCAGCACAUCUCUCCACUACUCCUUGAUUGUAGGAAUAUCUUUUCUCUACGUAUUACAUUUCAAUACAAAUCGUCAUUACUUUGCUAGAUACCAUUCUAGGAUGUAUUUCAACUUUUAUGAUUACCAUGAGGAAAUCACAGUUGAAAUCAGAGACUUGAUCAAAAAGGGUAAAAAGGAGAAGAUAAGAUUAACUAUAUUGCCCGUAUUUUCGACAUUGGCAGCGGUUUGUGUUUUACUCCUGGCUCCGAUUUUGGACAAGUAUGGGACUUUUGACUUCGACAUCGAAACUUCCAUCAACUUCAACCUUCCUCUGCCUAUGGUCUACGUCUUCGAUUCCUCCACUAGAGCAGGCUACCUGGUGGCUCUUACCCAUCAACUCUUAUCGGCGAUGCUGUGUGGUGUGGUCCUCGGAGGUACGGGAUACUCCUUCAUAGCCACCGCUUCCACUAUCGCUACCCAGAUGAGAAUACUGAUAAAUCGACUUGAUACUAUAGAGUCAAGAGCUUUGUCUAUGUAUGAGGCAAAGUAUGGCCCGAAUCCAGCUCAGAACGAUUACGAUUUGUACAGAGAUGAAAAGUUCUCGAAAUGUCUAGAGAACUGA